UAUUCUAGGAUAAUCGUAUAAACGGUUUUUCAUUGCUUCAAAAGUUGUACUAAAUAUUUCAAUUAAAUAUUGCAUGUAUAAAAAUUAUAUUGUUUCUGAAGCGAAGAUUAUUGUUUAAAAUGUGUUAUGUUAUGUUAUGUAAUACAAUAAAAUGCAUUAUAAAAACUUGAACGAAAUCACAAAAAUGAACAACGCAGUUUAAAAUAAAUGGCUGACGAGUGUGACCAAUUCUAAACGUGUUAUUCACUGCUUCUACUAUCUUUUGUUUACUUGCAUGCUCAAUAUAUUAUUCAAAAAGUUUUUCAAAAGAAAAACAUAAGAAAUGGCUCAAUCAACGGUACAACUUCCAGAAAAAUUGGAAGGAGAAAAAGAUGACAAGUCAGGCAUAUCUUCAACUGUUGAAUGUGCUGUGUGUCUACAAGCAUAUAUACAUCCAGCAAAGUUGCCUUGCAAUCAUGUAUUUUGUUAUCUUUGCAUCAAAGGAGUUGCAAAUCAAAGUAAAAGAUGUCCAAUGUGCCGACAAGAAAUACCAACUGAUUUUAUUGAAAAGCCCAAUCUUGUUGACAUUGACGAAAUAAAACAAAUUAAUACUGAAGAGGAAUAUCAAUGGUUUUAUGAAGGAAGAAAUGGCUGGUGGCAAUAUGAUCCAAGGACAAGUUUGGAACUUGAAACAGCUUACAAGCAAGGAAGGAGAACUUGUGAGCUACUUAUAGCAGGAUUUUUAUAUAUUGCUGACUUUGGAUCUAUGCUUCAGUUACGUAGAAAUGAUCCAUCACGGCAUCGAAGAAUCAAGAGAGAUCUUGCUAAUGUACCUAAAAAAGGUAUUGCUGGAUUAAGAUUCAAUUCUCAGGAAGAAGAACCUGUUUUUCGUGAAAUAAGAGGAGCUGAAAGGCCAACAAGUCCUGCAAGUGAUUCUCUCGGUACUGGAGAUGGAACCAGUACCCCCGUACCACCAAGUAACACGCCUCAAACUCCAGCGAGUAAUGCCAGUGGUGACGCAACUCCUUCGACCGACCGGCAGGAUCAACGAACAGACUCUUUACACCAGAUCAUCAUUCUACAUCCUUGCUGUGGCUCCAACAAUCCAACGGUACACAUACGUCCGAUGAAGAGCACUAAGAUCAUCAUCAAGAUCCAUCCCUAUGUCAAACCAAUCAGGAAACGGGCAUGAAUGUACAACAUUUUUCAUUUGGAGUUCAAGAGGUUUUGAUUAAUUAGGUAUUUUUUUGUUAAUUUGUUCAUAUUACUUUUUUUAUGCAUACAUUUUUAUAGUUUUCAUUUGCAUACGCGGAAAUUGAAUAAUAAUUAAAAAGUUCAAUAUUCUGUUUAGUGGGAAAUAUGAAAAUAUUUUCAUUUGAGUUACUUCUUUUUAUUAUAUUUUUUUGUGUAUUAAUAAUAUUUUGUUCAAAUUAUAAUAGCAAUGAAUGUGUUUAUGGACUCAAAAAUUGUUAUUUUUGGUGAAUUUACUCAACAAUAAUGAUAUAUAUAAAAAAAAGAAAAUACAACUGAUUUGAAAAUAUGUUAUAGUACAAUAUAUGUACUAAGAGCAAAGUAAAUUUAAUAAUCAAACGAUUAUUAAUAUCAAAUAUCUCAUGAGUAACUAUCAGAAAAGCUCAUAGAAGAAACAGUGUCAAUAACUACUAUUUAAACAGUGAAAUAUUCCUCGAGGAAGUAUUAAAAUACAUAUUAUUAUUAAUGCAUUAUCAUUACAUAUUUUAUAAAGAGUAUGAUAUUAAAAUAAUUUUCAAAACUGGAAUUUGAAAUAAAAAUAUUUAUGAAACGUUAAGUAUU